CAAAUACUUUUUGUACAGAGGGUCUUUUUCAUUAUUUAUACACAUGUCAUAAUUGAAAAUAAAAGAAAACCCCCAAUUCUCCAAAUGAGAUCAGCUGGAGGUUCUGCCAUUGCUAACCAUGAUAUUGAACAGGGCAAUCAGCCAUAUACAGAAUUUGAAAAUGAUUCGAUACGAAGAAAAUUCAUUCAAAAAGUCUAUUUGAUAUUGACGGCUCAGAUAAUCGCUACCAUGGGACUGGUCUGGGCUCUAAUAUCCUGGGAUAUAUUUUAUGAAUUCAUUCAAGAACAUCCUGUUGCGCUGUAUGUAGCACUGGUUAUCAUCUUAGUUUUGGCAAUAUUCAUGUCAUUGUGCAACGCCUACCGACGCAUCUCGCCCUACAAUUACAUAUGCCUGAUACUUUUUACCCUGGCGCAAACAUUUUUAGUAGCUGUUAUUUGCUGUCGAUUUGAUACAAAGGUCAUACUGAUGGCAGGUGGUUUAACGGCUCUUAUCAGCAUUUCCCUUUCGCUGUAUGCAAUGCAAACAAAAUGUGAUUAUACAGCGAUCGGAGGUGUCCUAUUGAUUUCAAUUAUUGUGCUUAUGGUGCUGGGAUUGCUGCUGCUUUUCUUUCGCACUCAUGUCAUGAUGCUGAUCUAUUGUUCGUUGGGCGUGUUUCUAUAUUCAAUUUUCAUCAUCUAUAACACCCAAUUGAUGAUGGGCGGCAAACAUGCCUAUGAGAUUAGUCCAGAAGACUAUGUUUUUGCUGCUUUAAAUCUUUACAUUGAUAUUGUGCAAAUAUUUUUAUUUUUACUACAUUUGUUGGGAAGCGAUAACUAAUGGGUAGAGAUAAAUAUAUUUUUAUUUAAUUUAAAAAAUAA